UCUAUGUGCGUUUGGUAGGCGUUCUUAAUGUGCAAUAUGUAUACAGACCCGGUCGUCUAAGUACAGAUACGCCUCGAUGUUUCUUUAUGAAGUUGGCCUACUAUCUCCAAUGCACCUAUAUUGCAGGCAUAGUUAUACCUACAAGUGUGAGUAGGCGUACAGGUGCAAGACACAGGUAUUGAUCGAGAUAAAUCCGUAAGACAAUGGCCAAUCGUGUAGAGAGGAUACUUUGGUCUCGGAGGAACUUAUCUCUGGAAGACUUCCUGGAGACUCAUGAAAAGAACCUGCCGAAAAUAAUCAUCCUCAAGCAAAGUUCACCAGCCUUAGGUGACUUACAGAAGGAGCAGAUAUUACGUGUUCACAAGGUGUGCAAGCAACAACGACUGACAGCCAAAAAUUCCAAAAAUGAGGUGUGGUCCAUUCCUCUGGAUUAUCACAUCAAAGUUCGGGUACUCCGUCAGGGCCAGUACUUGCCGGCCCAAAACAUUGCUGAUAUCUCUGAGGCUUUACCUGUCAAUGUUCGAUUUGAAGAAGAAUUCGAUGGAAAAUUUCAUUUUGCGGGAGAAGUUACCAAUGUGGAGCUUGGGCUGUUGACAAUUGAAUCCCUGUCUGAAGAAACGUAUCUUCUAGGAAACUGUAUUAAUAAAGGUACGGUAGAUGGUCGCGUGGUUGCCAUCCCCACAAACUGUGACGUCAUUGUGGGCGUUGCGGAGGGUUUUGGGCGUGAUGAAGCCAUCAAGAAGGAUUGGUUGACAUUUCAGAACAUCCUCGCCUCCGUCAUAGAGGAGUUCAAUAUGGGUCACGUGGCCGGCUGUGCAGAAAUCAGGAAAAUUUCCCAGUCCAAGCCGACCACUCCAGACCGUGUGUUGUUGUGUACCCCAGACCCAGAUAAAAUCAUCUCUUACCCACAGGUUACCCUGGAUGAGAGGCUACCCCCUGAACCCCCACCCGUCCGGCCAUCCAGGCCCAGGACGUUUGAAAAGAUCAAUGAGAACCGCGACGUGGCAUGGUCGACUGAACACUACACCCUCAAGGAGUUUUUUGACAAGUUCUCCCAAAAUUUACCCCAGAUUGUUGUCGUCACUUCCGGUUUCUACGGGCUGACAGAUUUAGAGACUUUCGGUGUUGACGAAAUUGUCCGCAUCAAGCAAUACGCCCGCCAGAAAAGGGUGAUAGCCAUGGAUCCCACGGAGCAAUAUCUGAGCAUCCCACUCACAUACCCAGUCAAAAUGGAGAUCCUCAAGGAACAUGGCAAAGUCUCCAUACCAAUAUCCUUGGAAAGCAUCAUCAACAAUUACAGCCUACCGAUCAGAGUGAGGUUUUCAAGGAAGGAUUCUGGGAAUUUUGUCUCCCAAGCAGAUUCGUCGUCUUACGCGAUGAGGGAGCUCGAGCUCCAGGAGUGUUACAGCGAAACGUACUACCUUGGCAACAGCCUGUGUGCAGGUGAAAUGAACCCGAAAGUUACCAUAAUGCCUGUGUACAUCGAUAUUAGCGUGGCGGUGGCUCAGGGCUGGAAAAAGAAACCCGCCGAAGAAUGGGAGAAAUACUUACUGACCUUGGAAGAGAAAUCGGCUGAUGUUAAUUACGAUAUACCAGCCAUCGAUAGGAACAUCGCCGUGUAUUCGCCUGGGCAGGUUAACGCCGGUGAAAACAUCUACGAGUACAUCAUCCCCAGUGACUACAUCUCAAUAUUUGAGGAAGAAAAACCCCUAACAUCUCCAAAGUCGCCGAUGCCACACCCUUCAAAUGUCAAGACCAAGGCUAAACCAGGUCCCAAAGCCAACUACGCGGCAUUGGUCCCUCAACCGUCUGUCAAGAACACUUAUGUCUCGCUGUCUCAAAAACCAUCUGUCAGACCCCUUCCGGAAACACCGGGCGAUGUUCCCAAGGUCAAGAUAAGUCCCAAGAUUUCGACGCUGCCAAAAUCUUUUCCAACAUUUUUUCCUCUAGAAGAGCCUGUUCCUUCCAAAACAACUUCUCCAGUUUCUCCGAACCCCACUUCUGCAGCUUCUCCCACUUCGCCCAAACCCGUAUCUGAAACUGAGCUACGGAAACACAAGGCAAGUCUGAAAGGUAUCAAGGUCUUACCAAUGCCUUCCUCUGCAAAAGAUACAACGCCCCGCACCAGAGUGAAUGACUCAACUUUGGUGAAUGAUAAACGCCAAUAUUGCCCACACCAAUACGCCAAUAGCAUUCGUGGGGGAGAUAUGAGCUUAAAAACCCAAACGUGCACUGGAGCGCAGACAGGCCGACCGGGGUCCGUACCAGAUGAAUACUCCAAGAUCUCGAUCAAGAAAAUUCAAGACAUUCCACAUUCCAUCUCCUAUAUCACUGUCGAGGAACUCUGCGACUGCUUAAAGCUGUUGCACCUGAACCAGUACGUGGACAGUUUCCGGAACCUCAACAUAGACGGAAAUUUGCUAAUGGACCUAACCGUUGAUGACUUGCAAAACGACCCGAAUUUCCACAUGUCAAUCACAGAAGCUAAAAUGCUGGUGCGAUUUGCAAGAAACGGCUGGAGACCAAAGCAUAGUUAGAUUUAAAAAGUACCGGCGGAAAUGCUGA